AAAGAAUGGAAGUGGUCAUCGCGACUAGAAGUGGACACACCUGUUAUUAACUUUCGUCUUAAUUUUUAGUGAAAAAUGUUUUCAAAUGCAGCGUAGCUCAUAAAAGCCAGAUCAUUUGAAAAACAACAAACUUCUAGGACCGCAUCAAGCUUUAUUGCAAACAUAGUUUGAACAAAGUUCUUUGACAUACUUUUUCCAACUAAUAAUGUAACCAAAACAUAAUAUGUAAAUGUCGUGCAACUGACUGAAAUUGUACAUGUUAAAAAAUAUGAGUUAAAAUUAACCGCCGCCGCUGCUUUAUUAUCGCGAAACAGCGUAAACAUGAUGCACCUAUCGCGUCGGGCAAAGUCUAGACGCAGGCUUAGUCGUGAUGAAAGCAAUGCCGUUCUGUUUUCGCGACUACGAUCUUCUCCGCAAUGACUAGCGACGAAGAAACGGCAUUGUACUCGUGUCGCCACUUAAACGAAACACCAGGUAAUCGCGAACGAUGCCUGCGCGAGUUGAAACGUUGGCUGAACGAAGAAGAGGCUUGGAUCCGUGCCAGGACCGACGACCGUCAUCUGCUACCGUUCCUGAGGACGUGCAAGUUCAAUUUGGACAAAACUAAACUGAAGAUCGUCAACUUUUACACGAUGCGACGCGACAGACCCGAGUGGUUCGAUAACCGCGACCCGACCAUCCCGAUAAUCGCGGAGUUGACCAAGCUGGGCGUGUUCGUACCGCUGAAGAAAACCCACGAGAACCGCAUGGUAGUGAUAAUCAGGACAGCUGCGCACGAUCCGAAAGCGCACAAGUUCCAAGACGUGCUCAAAACGGGCAAGAUGAUCCUGGAGGUGGCGUGCGCGGAGAACCCAAACGCCCACGUCUACGGCGUAACCGCCAUCUUUGACAUGAAAGGCAUAAGUUUCGGCCAUUACCGUUGCCUCACCCCGACCGUCAUCAGGGAUAUGGUCCGCACGUGGCAGAACUACCACGUCAGCCCGAAGCGGUUGGAGUUUAUCAACGCCCCGUCGUACAUGAACGUCGCCAUUAGCGUCUUCAAAGGUUUCAUGACGGAGAAGAUGCGAAGAAGGGUUGUGGUGCAUUACGGCACCCGGAGUACUCUCGAAGAUGUCGUUUCCAAAGAGGUGCUGCCUGUCGAAUAUGGAGGUACGGAAGACGGCUUGAAAGAGCUCUGCGAUUAUUGGCACGACAAGAUGGUGCAAAUGCGCGAUUGGUUCGCCGAGGAUGACUUGUAUAAGGCGCGUUCGAGGGAGACAUAGAAGCGU